GAGAUAGAUAAGUGUGCAGAAGACGCCGGAAGAAGUGCAGUUCAACGGCGAAUCGACUGUUUUGAAGCUCUUUCCAGGAAGAAUAUGUCUCUCCUCAGCUCAUCAUUCUUAGUUUCAGUACCUCAUCAGAGUGUCUCUUCAUCCAAGACAAUUUCAGGGGAAUCCCAAUUCUUCCUCUCCACCAAGUUCUCUUCCCUUAAUCUAACCACCACCACCACCACCACAAUAACCAAUGUUCCUUACAGAAAGUCAAUAAUUAGGAUGGGUGGUGGUCCAAGAACCUAUCCUGGAGGUGUCUCAAAGUGGCAGUGGAAGCGUAUGCAAGCCAAGAAAUCUAAGCAGCUCCUUAAGGCCCGAUUGGCUCGGGAGCGCCAAAUAUAUGAGAUGAGAAAGCGAGCUGAGCUGAAAGCUGCUGUCUCUGAGCUUGAGAGGCCUUGGGAAGUGGUUGAAAAGGCACCUACUUUAUUCUCUGUGAGUGCUGAUGAGCAUUUAAGAGUCUUGGCAGAUCGGUUUCAAAAGCCUGGAGGGUUUGAUAUGUGGUCUGACAAAGAUGGGCCAGAAUUGUUCAAGCCUGAAGAUGGAUUACCCUCAGCAAGAUUUUUCCCCAAGGGGGUUGUUCAUAGCAUUAGACCCUAUGGAAACGUUGAGAAUGCUGAUAGUGGUUUUGAUGAAUCCUCGGAUUUGGGUUCAGAUUCUCAAAGUGAAAGUGAUAGGAAGGGGAGAAUAAAGAGUAAUAGACAUGAGCAAAAAAAUUCAACAAAACUAAGAACUGGAUCCAAUAGAGAAGGAAAUGAGGGUUUCGUUUCUAAUAAAGUGUCAAAAGAUGGCAACAAUCGCGUGGGCAUGCAAAAUAAGUUCAAGAAGAGCACAAAUCAGAGGAAGUUGUCUGGCCAUGCUGAAAAAUUUAAUUCAGCGGGAGCUGGGAUGUCUAGAGUAAAGAAUAAGGGUCAUAGACCAGCUGAUAGUGAUGGAGAGCAUGGAAGGUUUAAUCUGGUAGACAUAUUUGAUGAUUCAGAUUCUCCAGUGUUUGAAUUGAGUUUGCAAAACGAUGGGAGUUACGAGCUUCAACCAGACAAUUAAGAGUUCUGAUGUAGACAAGCUCAAAUUUGGUAGAGCGAAUGUGUAAAUCAUCCUUGUUCAUAUGUAUACUUUUGCAUCUUUAACUAUAUACUGAUUAAAUCUACAUCGGAAACUUAUAAGAACUAUGAGUUCAGCACGUGAAGUGUGAACUGGGGGUGGAAGCUUUUGUAGGAUUCAAAAGGAUAUACAACUUAUCAUGAAUUUGAUCUUACAAUUGCUUAUGAUUGCCCCCAGAAUCCCUUAUUUCUAUCCCCGCCUCUUCCUAUAGGGUGUGAGGAGGGAAGAUAAUAAUUUGCUACU